AUGGUGUUAAUAAAACAGCAAAACCUAGCACCGUUGCAAUGGACUUUAGGGCGCGUCCAGGAUAUCCAUCCCGGCUCUGAUAAGGUCGCGAGAACUGCCACUGUCAAGACUGCGAAAGUUAUUAUCAUUCUUCCGAGCUUUGGAAUAUCAAUGAGAUUGACACCCAAUAUCACUGAUCCAGGCAAACCAAUGCCUUUACAAACUCAUUUCAUUUACGAUGUAACAAAAAGUCCGCAGUAUGAACUGACGUUUAUUAGUCAAUCUAUUUAUAUUAUUGUCGCCAUAAUGUCUUAUAGUGGAAUCGAUAAUUUUCUCGGACUUUUGGUUUUCCAUAUAUCCGGACAAUUGGACAUUCUCAAAAAUCGUUUGACACAAUUUGAUAAAUAUACCAAUUCUUAUGAUAUGAUAAAAAACUGCGUGACACAACACAUUCGUUUACUCAGAGCCAUUGACGUUAUAGAAGAUACGUAUAACAUAAUACUUCUAGCGUUAUUUAUAUAUUUUGCAAUACUUUUUGCUUUCUACGGUUUCCGAAUAAUUAACCUAUUUGAUGAAGAAAAUGAUCUAUCCGUAACUAGCUUGAUAUAUUUAAUAUCCAACGUUUUUAAUAUAUUUACACAUAUGUGCCUAUAUUGUGCCCUCGGAGAGAUUUUGAUGGCUCAGUGUAAUGAAAUAUAUUAUGCGGCAUAUAAUAAUGAAUGGUAUUCCAUGGAUCCAAAAGUUGCGAAGAACUUACUACUCCUAUUGAUAAGAAGCGCUAAACCGGUUUAUCUUACUGCUGGAAAAGUGUUCCCUAUGACAAUGGUCACUUUUUGCGGUUUAAUGAAAACAUCAGCCGGUUAUGUAUCCGUUUUGCAUACAACGAGAAGUUAAUAAAUGAAGGACAUAAAUCUAUUUAGAUAAAAGUAUUU